AUGGACGUGAGAAGCAAUCGCACCCUGGUGAUGGAGUUUGUCCUGGUGGGCUUCACAUCAGAGCCACAUCUGCAAGCUGCCCUUUUUGUGAUAUUUCUCUUCUCUUACAUCCUAAUGUUGGUAGGAAAUCUGGGCCUCACAGUCCUAAUCUUUCUGGACUCAGAAUUGCAUACCCCUAUGUAUUUUUUUAUAGGCAGCCUCUCUUUUCUAGACACGUGGUACUCUACAGUGUAUAUUCCAUGGAUUCUGGUUGACUGCAUUUCCAAGAGCAAUAUCAUGUCCUAUGCUGGUUGUGUCUUGCAAUUCUUCUUCUCUUGUGCUGUGGUCCAUACAGAGUGCUUCCUGCUGGCUGCCAUGGCCUAUGACCACUAUGUGGCCAUCUGCAACCCUCUGCUCUAUUCCUCAAUCAUGACCAGGAAGCUCUGCAUCCAGUUGGUGCUCAGCUCUUACAUGGUUGGAUUUGUCAAUUCUAUUGUGCAGACUGGGAACACCUUCCGCCUGCACUUCUGUGGGGACAACACCAUUAACUACUUCUUCUGUGAUGCCCUGCCCCUGGUGAAAAUGGCUUGUGAGGAUACCCAGGUCUAUGAGAUCAUCCUGGCUGCUGUUGUUGGCUUUAAUGUGGGAGUUUCCACUGCCCUUGUCCUGGGCUCCUACACAGCCAUUGUCACAGCCAUUUUGCGCAUCCGCUCUGCUACCAGCCAGCGCAAGGCCUUUUCCACCUGUUCUGCCCACCUGGUCUCUGUCACCCUCUUUUAUGGCUCCUACUUCUUCAUUUAUUUGCAGCCCAGCUCCCAGCACACUCCAGAUUUGGACAAAGUGGCUGCCUUGUUCUACACAGUGGUCAACCCUCUUCUGAAUCCCAUCAUUUACAGUUUGCGCAACAAAGACAUGAAAGAGGCAUUCAAGAAAGCACUCAGAAGAACAUAG